GUUAUUACCAGAAGAAUGAUGUUUUAUUUAAUCAAAUAUUAUUGUAGGUGGACAAUUGUGUAAUUUCAAGUAUUUACAAACCAUUGAAGGAAUGUAGGAAAGCUGUGGCUGUAUAUUCUGGGAAGCAAGUGCAUAAGAAAUACCUUGAAGAACUGAAAGAAUCCAGAACAUUCACUGCAGUAAAAGUUAGAUCUGUUCCGAAAUAUCUCGAGGCAUGUUUCAACUUAUGUUGGCUAAUGACAGUUCAAGACCCUCCUCUUUGCUUUGGUCCUAAUGUUAGGCGAGGAGAUGUUUUCAAUACGGAUUUAUACAAAGCAUACACACAGAGAGGAAACACUGUGGCGUAUGUUGUUUUGCCUGCUCUUUUAUUGCAUAAAGGUGGUGCAAUUCUUUGCAAAGGAGUUGCUCAAGGAAAAGCAGAUUAUUCGCAGCGACCAAAAUCUGCACCAAAAUUGUAUGAAAGACAUCUCAAUUCAAAUGAUGAAACUGAUGUUUUCUUCUCUAGCCCAAACCGAUACCCGGAAGGAUAUAUGGAUGAGAAGACAUCAUAUGAUAUUAAAAGGCCGUACUCAACAAAAGCAAGCCUACCGCAUAGAUAUGGCACAUCUGAGUAUUCGAAUAGCGAUCUGAGCGAUGCAAGUCAAUAUAGCACAUAUAAGUGGGAUCAUAAUUAUAAAUACAAGAAAUAUGAGCGACCGUACAAUGACUACCAGGCGAGCAUUAGUCAUCGCAAGGCUAGAGUAAAAUAGAUAAAUACAGAAGCCCUGAAACGUCAUCACGUUAUCGUAGUAGACCUCAUUACACACAGGAAAAAGUAAUACACCCAACGGUUUGGAGAUAUUGAGGUGUCGGUCAAAUCUUUUAGUUUGGAAUUAAUUAGAUUAUGUACUACUAGGUGUUUUGACUGAAUGGGUUUUAAAUAUUAGUUUAUAAGUUUAUUUUAAUACUAAAUCCAUGAAAAACAUGGCAAUGUGAGCUAUAACAAUUUACAUAAUAAACCAUAUAUACGAUGAUCGUAUAAUUAUACAUUGAUAUAUCUCGCAUUUUUAUACAAGGGCAAACCCAUUUUGUAUAAAACACAUUUCAUAUGCUUUGUAUUAAUUGCCAAUAUCGUUACUAAUACAUUAUCCGUUAUGAACUCCAAUAACAUGAUCUUAUAGAAAUUUCCCAACUUUAUUAAAUAAAUUCAAAAAUCAUUUACAAUGUAUUUAUCUUUAAUCAAAUUUUAUAAAAAUUUCCUUUACAAAUACACAAAGGUUUUUUAUUUUAUUGUUGUGUAUCUAUAUUCAUUUUUAUUCCGGAAUACUUAGUGGCCCUAUACAUUGGCAAUGUAAAGCCCUUUUUAUGCAGUAAAUUAUUUCACUCUUAUCAGAUAGUGAAAUUUCAUUACCGAUGCAAGAAUUAAAGUUAUAAAGUAUGUACUUUCACUGGUAAAGUUCUGUUCCCUUACAGUGAUGAGAAAAAUUUUAUAGACUUUAAUCCAACAGGUUGAUUCUUUCGGAUAUUUGUAGAAUUUACUUUUGAUUUUCUGUACAUAACAGAUGAUGGUACAAAGGAAAUCACUGUUUUCAGAUGCUAUAAAAUAAAAUCAACCCAUUUGUAAAUAAAACAAAUCUUAAUCAUUAAUUAUAUUCCGAGGAGUAUAUGUGUUUUUUUCUUCUACUUAGGGUAAAUAUAACACACAAUUUCAUGUUUUGACAAUCGAUGACAAAGCAAAACAUACAUGUAUACUAUUAAUUCCAAAUUAAAAGUUCAACGCUAUUAACUUUAUGUCACUUAUUGACCAUCCAGAACGAAAAUUGAAUGCCAACUGUAAAUAAGAUAAGUAAAACAUUUGUGUUGUACUUAUCAUUAUUUGUUUCUUUUAUUAUUUUAUAAGUGACUUUGUUGAAUAAAGAAAUAGAAAGUUAUUUAACAACAAAAAAAAUGAAUUAAAAAGUUGCUUUUAAUAACAAAUAUGUAUUUUACUACUAAAAUUUUACUAUUAAGUAGCCUUCAUUUUUUAUUUUAUUUUAGAUUAUACUAACAUAUAUGUUAUAUACGGAAUACUUAUACACAUGUCUGCAUGGGUCUCCUCUCUGCUAAAGUAUGUUUACUUUUGUCUGUAUCGGCGUGGUUAUGGCCGUUUACUUCGAACCACUUGCUCCUCACCACUGUAGACUCAAAUCCCGACAACGAGUUUGAAUUUGUUCAUGUGAGAAAUCUAAAUAGCUGUCGCACGGUACAUAAAUGGUCUCUGCAAAUGUUGAUGAAUAUACUUUAAACAGAAUCAUAGUUGUUAUUAUAUUAUGUAUUAUAAUAAGAAAUGAUGAACACAAUGCAAUAAAAUCUAUUUAAUUACUUGAAGUGUUUUAUAUGAGUGCAUUGAUUCGGUGAGAAAUAAAAAAAAUAAAAGUAUU